GGUUGGGGUUUUUGGUCCUUCUCGGGGUGGAUUGAUGCUGGCCUCUUCCUUGUCUUUUCUAUAGUUGUUCUAAGGGAAGAUGGGGGGGUUAAAUCCGAAUUAAAUUAGUCCUCACUGAGGAGGUGACUCCGAAUUAAGUAGUUCUCACGGUGCUAUGCUUAAAUCGCUUUGGGCGUCUGCCGCCCGCCGUGCAAAACCUACAUGGACUCCCGUGAGAUAUUUUUUCAAGCAAAGAAAAACUAGAGCCUGUGGGGGGCCUCUGUUUCCCAAAUAUUCCAGUACAGCUGCAGGAUUGGCAAAUAGCGUUGCAGUGGAAAAUGGCAACCAAGGUGAACAAGCAGAACCUGGAUGCAUCCUGCAGUGACCCCACAGAGGAGACGGAUCCAGGUAACACCAUCGUGGCUGAGCAUCAGGACUUGGAUAGAGGUGAGCCGGAGACAGGUGGUGAAUGUUCAGGAGGAAGAGCCAAACAUUCAGAGAUGUUGCAGCAGCCUGUGGAUCAGCGUCAAGCACCAAGAUUGCAGGUAAAACCAGAAGAGAAGCCAAAGACUGAGACAUCUUUGGUGCCUCCUCCCGCAGAAGUACCUGUGUCAGUUCCAGCGCCACCCUUGGGAGAAGGGAAAGGGGCAAAGCGGAUGAUGGAGGAUGAUGGCGAUACUGACACCUUUAAAGAAAUGCCCGAUGUCUGCCAGGAGGCCAGAGAGCCAGGAAGGGCUAUGCUCCUGCCAGAUCUCUUUGGAGAAGCACAGCAGGCUCAUAGCAGCCUUGAUGCCAGCCGGGCUGGAGGCUGUGCCAAGGUGGAGCAAGCCAUCCCAUGUCUUCCAAAAAUGGGCUCGGAGAACCAGCGCAAACGCUUCCGUGGCUUUGCCUACAAAGAGACUGAAGGGCCCCAAGUGGCUUAUGAGCGACUCCAGGAACUGUUGUUCCAGUGGUUGAAACCAGAGGCCCGUAGCAAGGAGGAGAUUGUUGAGCAGUUGGUUCUCGAGCAGUUCCUGAACCUCCUCCCAGAGGAUGUCCAGCGCUGGGUGCGGGAGCGUCACCCUGAAAAUGGGGAUGAGGCUGUAGCCCUGGCAGAAGACUAUCAGUUUCUACAUCCUGAGCCUGGGAGACGGCCCUAUCCGGAAAGGGCAAGGCAGCGGUCUUCAGCAAGGAGUUGGCUCCGCUGAAGUCACUGGAGCAGGCAGGCAGGACCGGUUAUUGAGAGAAUCAAUCUACCAAGCUGAAGGGGGAAACCUAAAUGGGCAAGAAGAAUCCAGGACUCAGAAACCACAGCACGUUGCUGAGCACAAAAAUACCUUUACAUAGCCUUUCCUUGCAGGAAGACCUUUACCUGGAGGGAACCCUUCACCUCAUCCAACAUCUGUGUAUAUAUAUAUAUAAGGGGAGAAGUGUUGGGAGGAAAAGGGGAUUGACAAGACCUUGCUGGGUCCUUGCUGCAUCCUACAGAAUGCCUCUGUGCACUACUGCCGCAGGGAUAGGUUGGAGGGAGGACAAAGCAUGUUCUGAAGGGAACUUGAGGUGUUUGCGAAACCAGGGAGGGGAACAUGACUAUGGAAUGUAUGUGUAUAUGAGCAUUCUGAUAGGAUGCAGAAGGGAGGAGCCUUGUAACAACAAUGACAAAUAAUAUGUGCUGGUCUGGCUCAGGUUGAUCCAAGCAUCUGAGCCCCCUUUCUGCAGUGCCCUGAUAUGGCGUGUGUCUCACUUCUGCCCCCAAACUCCUCAAAUAGCCAUGCAAGCUCACUUUGUCCUGCCCAUCAGCUUAUGAUUGUCAAGAUAAUGUUGACACCUUGAGUUCUCCUCCUCCCACCCCGCCUUUUUUUGUAUUCAGAGGGAUGCCUUCUUAAUUUGAAGAGGACAGUCUGCCCUGCUUAUCCUGGGAAAAUUGAUGCAUGUUGUGGAGAAAACCUUGAGGUCACUUGGUUGCCACUCCAAGACACUUUGGGCAAAGGGGUAAACUCCGAUCGGGUCCAUCAGGAAAUGCUGGGCUUCUUUCAUAGGGCUGCCUCUUUGCUACACAGCUCCACAAACUGAGGCCAACUCUGUAUGGUGCAGGGUUGUCAUUGCUGACAUAUGCUUCUACAUCAUGCAAGCCCAACAUGAUUGCAUGUGGUGCGGAGCAGUGCUGCCAGUGUGGUUCUCCUUGAUCAUGCAGCGAGUCUUGAUGCCAUUCCCGUACCUCCCUUGGAGCUGCUGGUAUGGAGAUUUGUUAUGCAGUCAGGCAGACAUACAUUGGAAGCCCAUGUUGUGGCACCCCUGAGGAGUCUGGUCACUCAGCAGCAUUUUGAGCAAGCCACCAUGCACCAAGCUUAACAAAUGAAGCCCACCUAAAAGAGGCGACUUCUUACUGGCCAGAAAGGCAGACUUGACUUGUCCCCAUGCUCCAAGGCUCACCAUAAUGACAUCAUAAUCCACAAAAUUCUCCCUGCUAGGAACCAUUUUUCAAUGGGGUGUCCAUGGUCUUGGAGGGAUUUGGAACCUACAGUUCUAAUCUGUGAGCCAAAGUAAUCAGUGCAUCAUAUUUGAGGAGUGGGGUGGGAAGGAAAGGUUUAUAUUAGUGUAUUGGAAUGGGAGCUAAGUGUUUUCUCAUUUGUAGAAACUAAGUUUUUGAUACUCAUCAGUGUCCUGAUGUGAUGUAGCUUACGCUCUUGCCUUGUAUCAGGUGAAUUUUAGCGCUGCUUUUAUUUGUGUAAAUUUCUGGUGUGUGUGUCUGUGGAUGAGCACAUUAAAUAAAGGAUCUUUCCCCCACAA